UAAAAUAUUGACUAUUGGACAAUGGUGGUUCUACAAUUAAUCAUUUAGUUUAACUAACUACAAAUAUUACUAGUCAAACUUUGUUUUUCCUUGUUUUAACAUUGUAAAAAAAAAUUAUUUAACUAAUAAAUCUAAAUAAUACUUCAAAAUUUAUUGUUAUUGGAUUUUUUCACUUAAUUUUUUUUUUAUUAUUCAAUUAAAGUUUUAUAUCUUCUAAAAAUCCAGAUUAUUCAAGAGUAAAUAAUUUUAAAGUAUUGGGAUAGUAAAUAUUGUAAAUGAAUUUCAAUAAAAGAUUAUAAGUAAAUUAUUUUUUUAAAGAAUUAAGUAAGAUUUGGAAUCGUUGAUAGAAAAGUAAAAUUUAGAAUCCACGUGUAUUUUAAAAUUUUAAACCAAAAUUUUGAUUCUAAAAGUUUUAUAAAAUCUAAAAAAAAUGAAUUUAAACUUACGAUUGAAUAACAUUAUUAUUAGACAUUUCAAAAACUUAUUUUGGAGAAUUAAAAACCACAAUUAAAAUGUUAUAACUGGCAGUAUGAAUUUAGGAAAGCAUUAUUAUCUAUGGAUAUAACUUUACUGAGAUUUAAUUGACGAACUGAACUUAUAUAAAUAACAAAACAAAAGAUUACAAAAUGAUCUCUCCAUCUAAUGUCCUUCAAAAGAGCUCACAUGUUCCUAUUUUUAGGCACGUUAAUUAGGAACAUCGUCAACAAUUGUGUGUAUCUCGAGCGCACAUGCUCAUCAAACUCUCUAAAUCCCAAAAUAUUGUUUGACGAACUCUUAACAUUUUCUUGGUCUUAAUGGUUCUUUGUAGCUUAGGCUAGCUUCUAAAAUUCAUGAAAUAACUGGGCCUUCUUCGAUUGGCCCAUGACUGCAUUAAAGAAAAACUCCUUGUUCUGGCUGGAUAAGCUAAGUGGAUCGGUUUUAUACAAUAACUACAUAUAUUAAGCGAAUUAGUACAAAGACCUCAUAGAUGAUUAGGAUUUGAUUAAGUUGCUAAAAGCCGUUUACUAGUAUCCGCCUUCACAUCCACCUGAAAACACAAACUCAAGAUUCGCAACUACAUUUUCAAGCUCGAAAAACACUUGAAAUACUCGGGUUUCUCCUUUUUUUGUAAUUUGUAAAUGUUAACCUAUGUAUGAUGUUGACACAAGCUCUGCCUCAUUUGUUACUCUUCGGUAUAUUUUUUCGAGCUCUGCGUGGAUCUCCUGUACAUCCGAAAACAAGGCUACUGACAAAGAUGUACGCUAUAUGCGGCCAUCUAACACAACUACGUAACUGCUGUUCAUCUUUAAACUUAAUUUCGUAACUGUUGAGCAUUAACAACUUUGUUUCUUUUAAACUGAAUCAUCCUCACUACUGUAUAGUGCUUGCUCACCGAAAUCAUUUAUCCCAUUACAGUCCUUGGAUGUGACAAUAGAUGGAUUGUUUAAAUAUUUUUGGCCUAAAGAUUACAACGAUAAUGACCACACAUCUGAGGCUUUUACACCAGUUCCAUUAAAACAGAGAUUCUUAAUGUCAAAUCUUAUAAUUUUGGAAAAAAUAAGGCCAAAUCUAACGGAGAGAAACCUACUUGAGAACUAAUCACUAUUUGAGAAGCCGAUGAUAGUCAUAAGCCUUAAAGAUAACCGAAGAUUGUCGGUUCGAUGAAUUUCAAUAUCUCGCAGUUAAAAUUAAGAUAAAUUUCUGUCAUGCAUCUGUAUUAAUUUGUUCAUAAACACGAUAACCUUUUUAUAAUCCUCAGCCACGCACAACCAUACAUUACCCAAAACAAAUGAAAUAAUUAUCGCAGUUGUGUUGAACUUGAUUUAGAAUAAAGAAUAUUCGUAUGUAGGCACCCAUAAGACACAUAGCUGCUCAUUAACAAAGAGCAGAUUGCCUGGAAAGGAGCCCAAUGUUUGAUCUACGAGAAAGGUUUCAUGAAAAAUGACAAAUGUUUUAAAUCUGCAUUUCUCUUCACUCUUAUACCCUUUCUCUUGACUCACAGUUUCAAAAAAUAAAACACAAACUUACUAACACAAUUCACAGUUAUAAAACAUGUAAGAAACUCGGUAAGCAGAUGAAUCGACCGGAGAAAUUUUUGAAUCUCCCUCGCGAUCACCGGCCAGAUAGCUUCUGAAUCGAUCUAGCUACAGCCGAAUUGGCCAAUUCAAGAAUAAGGGUAUAGUUAACCCCUUCUCUUGGUACAAUGUAGCCACACCAACAAUACAGGGACAAGAAUGUCUUUUCGAUAUAUGUUUCAUGAAUAACAGUUUAGAAAGAACGACAACUCUCAGGAGGCGAAUUAAUAGACAUGGGAUGAGACAGAACCAAAAAUAAAAAUGUAAGAAACUCGGUAAGCAGAUGAAUCGACCGGAGAGAAAUAAAUCUCUCUCGCGACCACCGGCCAGAUAGCUUCUGAAUUGAUCUAGCUACAGCCGAAUUGGCCAAUUCAAGAAUAAAGGGUAUCGAUAACCCCUUCUCUUGGUACAAUGUAGCCCCCCAAUUAUACAAAUCUAAUCAAUACGCUAAUAAACUUUAAUUUGAAUCAGAAAACCCCUAAAACCUCCAAAAGUAUAUGUUACAGAUGUGUGAACCCUAAUACUAGGCGGCGUGAAGAAGAGAUGAUGAUGAUGAAAGAAAGAUAGUUAAACCGAUAUCUAUAUAUAGGAUGAACAUCAGGGACAGAAAGGUCUUUUCGAGUUAGCGCUCUCUCUGGAGGCGCCGCUUAGGUCAAGAAUAGCGGAGAUCCUCUGGAUGAGAAAGAGUCUUCCUAGGUUUACAAUAAUGAAACCCUCUAGCCAAGACAGAGUCUUCUUCUCUUCCCAAUAAGAUCGGGCUUAUAGCAAAACUUGAGAUCUGAAAGAUCGAGAGCCUUCUUUUUGUUUGUUCUUCUUACGGAGGAAAGAGACGAAACAUUAGUUUUAUUUUAAAAAUUAUUUUAUUAAUCUCGAAAAUUAAAAUUCAAAAGCGGGAUCGUGAUUUGAAUGGAAGGAGUAGGAGCCCGGUUAGGUAGGUCAUCGACUCGUUACGGUCACGGAGGACCGGCGACGGUAUUCACAGGUCCGGUUAGGAAGUGGAAGAAGAAGUGGGUUCACGUCUCUCCCUCCUCCAAGAAACACUCCUCCUCCUCCGUUGCUUCCGACGGAUCGCAUUUGUUGUUCUUUAAGUGGGCUCCAUUGUCUCAGGGCGGCAGCGGGAACGAAGAUGGUAAAAGCGAGAGUAAUUCUCCCAGCGAAGAGCCCGUGACGGAGACGACGGCCGCAGAAGAGCCUCCUCGCCGCAGAUUCAAAUACGUGCCGAUCGCAGUACUUGAGGAGCAGAAGAAGGAAGCUACAGAAACUGAGGAAGACGACAAGGUUGAGGUUGAAGUUGAGGAUGAGGCAAGUGCAGUGGAGCCAAGCGAGGAGAAGAUUGAGGAAAAACCAGACAUGAAUGAUGUUCCCAUGGAAGAUAAUCAGGAGGAAGAAAAAACAGUGCGGCAAGAUCUGAACGAAAGCACUACGGAUUCAGGACUCAACUUAAAUGCAAAUGUAGAUGCGGAUUCUGAAAACAAUCCGAAAGGGGGCGAGCCAGUACAUAUUCCUUAACUUUCAGUGUCCUCAUGAACAAGAGACAAUGCAGAGAGAAGAAAGCAUUUGUUUGAGAUGGUCUGUGUACGUCCAUGGCUCCUUCCUUUUCUUCUUUGAUGACUAGACUCAACUGAUUCGGAACUAAACAUUCAAUUUACAGAGAAUUCUUGGUCUUUUUGUUUUGACUUUUAAUCUGAUUAAGCAUUUUAAUUAUGAAUGAUGCACUUUGAUAUCAUAUGAAUAGAGAGCUUUUUCACUCA